AGAACUAAAAUAGAAUUCAUCUGUGGCUGUGCCGUGAAAGGAUGUUAUGAUACCCGAAGUACACAACUUUUGUGCCUGAAAAAUGCCGCUGUACGAAGGCAUCAGCUUUGCGGCAGAGAAGAAUUCCGUAAUCUUGGACCUCGGGCGAGCUUACACAAAGUGUGGCUUUGCACGAGAACAAAGUCCAAGGAUAAUUAUACCAAGCACAAUCCCGAUCUCCGACAGCGAUCUGGGUCACAACAUAUGGAACUACGUUGGAGCUGACGACCUGUUCACGACCUUGAAAGAGUUUAUGUACAUUUUAUACUUCAAAUAUCUUGCAGUCAGUCCAAAGGAUCGUCAGGUCGUCAUUGUGGAGUCUGUUUUAUGUCCGACACUGUUCCGCAACACGAUUGCGCAGGUUCUUCUUGAGCAUUUCGAGGUGCCAGGUGUCGUAUUUGUUCCUUCUCACCUGAUGGCAUUGUACACUCUUGGGAUCAACAGUGCCCUUGUCUUGGAUUGUGGCUACUUCGAAAGCAUAUGCCUUCCCGUAUUUGAAGGGGUUUGUAUAUUGAGCGCAUGGCAAGCUCUUCCUCUCGGUGGAUCAGCUAUCCACAGGAGGAUAGAAAGCGAACUUAGUGAGGCUUCAGUUCAGGGACCAGGGAGACGGCGAUGUAGAUUAGAAGACGUUCUACAAGAACAGCUGAAGGAACCUGUCUUGGAAGACAUCAAAGCUCGAACUUGCUUUGUGACAACAAUGCAGAGAGGUCAGCAGCUUCAGAUCUGGGGACUGUGUCGCAGUCAAGGGGAGUCAGCGGGCCAUGAGCCCCCGAAGCCACCACCCGAAGUGGAGUUUCCGCUGGAUGGGGACAUGGUGGUUACCGUUCCGGGAACAUUGAGAGAGUACGCAGCAGAGGUGCUCUUUGAGCUGGAUGGAGAUAUGAAAUCUGUGGCCACGUUGUUGCUCGACUCCAUCCUAAAGGCUCCGAUGGACGCGCGGAAGAAGUUGGCGGAGAACAUUGUUGUCAUGGGUGGCACGGCGAUGCUGCCGGGAUUCAGGCAUCGUUUGCUCAACGAGCUGCACCAGCUUGUCAAAGACCCAGACUACAAGAGGAGAAUGAAGAUCUCAGUCUUCAAGUUCCACAAUCCGCCAUGCAAGGAGAACUACACUGCGUGGCUCGGAGCGUCCAUUUACGGAUCUACGGAUGCCCUGAACCUGCAGUGCAUCACCAAGGAUAAGUUCCAGGAAAACGGAAAACACAUUCCCGAUUGGUCGGACCAAAUGUGGCAGAAGAUGUCGGUCAGCAAGUCCAGCAAAUCAGCAUAAAGCUGAUUAUGCCUCUUUUUGUUUAUUUUUUCUUCCCUUUUUACACGCUGCCGUUCAUGAAAAAAAAAGAACACAUUG